UAAAUAAGUAACACGUGGGCGAUCACUGCCAUAUUCAAUAACAAUUAAUUAUUUAAAUUAAUAACGCAAAAAAUCCCCCACAUCUGGCGUUUUUUGUUUGCAUAACUUAAGAUCAAUAAAUAUUUCCAAAGACGGGCCCCUUUCCAGCAGAUAUAAAAGAGGGUCAAAAUAAAUAUUGGGCCAGUUCAUCUAUUAACUUAACUGCUAGCAGAAAUUUGAUCAAUAUGAAAUUGUUCCUCUACAUUUGCCUUCUGCUGGUUUUGGCUUUAAGCCAAGUUAGUGCCAACUGCUCAGGAAAGUGUCCCGAUAAGGAGGAUGUGGUUUGGGCUCUUGGAGGCGGAUGCAGCGUUUUUCGCAAUAAAUGCUAUUUCGACAAGGAAAACUGCACACGAAGGCCAGCGUUGACCAUAACAACCAAGAGGGAGUGCCAGAAGCAUUGUGCCGACGCCUGUCCCGCGAUCUACCAACCCACAAGUGGAACUUACAGGGGCAAAGUCCGAAACUUCGGUAAUGAGUGCGAAAAGCGUGCUCACACCUGUCGCACCGGAGAGACUUUUUUGUGAACCAAAAUAAACAAUUUUGAACGUGAAUGCAAAUAAAUUAAUGUUCCAACUUACAUUUACAAUUAGUUUUCUAUUCAAUGAGGCUCAUCCGUAUUCAUAGUUUUAAAAAAGAAAUUAUAAUCAAGUUUGAAAAAUAAAUAAUAAGCCAGCAAAAUACAUAA